AUGGAACGCUACAGCUCCUUACUAUUACAACGGCAAAAAUCUCACUUAUUACGUUCAUUGGUUUCAAGUUAUCCACAACUUUGAAACGCCUAUUUUUAAUUCUCAACCAAAAACUCAAUCAAUCUUAUAUUAGCGUAGUAAAAACAAAUAUAAAUAAUAAUAAAAAUGUUGUACCUUGAAGAUUACUUGGAAAUGAUCGAACACUUGCCGCAGGAGCUUCGAGACCGAUUUACCGAUAUGCGUGAAAUGGACUUAACAGUUCAAAACAACAUUGACGCAAUCGAAAAACGGAUUCGUGGCCUAUUUUCGAGAUGUGCUCGCGGUGAAUUGCAAGGAACACAGGCCGACGAAGAAUACAAUGAGAUCAGUAAAGAUUAUUACAAAAUAUUGGAGGAUGCCGACGAAAAAGUCGCACUGGCCAAUCUGAUGUACGAUCUGGUUGAUCGGUAUUUGCGUCGGCUGGACAGUGAAUUGUUCAAAUUUAAAUGUGAACUGGAAGCCGAUCACAAUGGCAUCACCGAAAUACUGGAAAAACGGUCGCUCGAACUCGAAGGGAAUAGCAGUAAUAGUAAUAGCAAUAUAAAUUGUAAUAGCAUAUUGAAUAAUAGUACGUCAUCAAAUGCGGGUAACAGUCAGAAGGAGAAUCGAUUUUUUGGGUCGAUUUCAAGUAACAUGAACACACCACAAAAUCGAGAGAAAUACAAAGCGAGGCCGGAGAAGCGACGAAACAGCAGCACAAGUGUUGGACCGCCAGAGAAAAGACCGGCAUUGAGUACUCCAGUUCCGAGUGUCGUUGCUACGCCGAAUAAUACGGCACAUUCAUCGACAUCGUCGUCAUCGUCGUCGAGUGCAUCACUUGUUUUGCCCACAAACACACCAACGCUUCAAACAACUGUACCGUACAAUCUGCAGCACAUUGGUGCCGGCAAUGCCAUCGCGGCAGCAGCUAGUCAAGCAAUCGUUGCGACACAACAAAUGCAACAAGGUCGACGCACGGCCAGUUUAAAAGCAUCAUACGAAGCCAUUCAUGGCUCAUCGACCAGCGGCUCACAUGAACUGUUGAUCGGACGAGAACUAGCCGGCGCCGCUCACAAUGCACUUCAAGCCGUUGAACGUGAAGGCAACACGCUGAACAAUCGACGACAGAAAAAAAAAGUUCCUGGUUUAAAUAUACCAACAAAUGGUACAACAUCUGCUCCUGUUUCGCUCAAUUUGAAUUCGACGGCACCGAAUCAACCAACCCCGCCAAUUUUAACCUCAACACCGGAUCCCGAGUCACCAUCUGCGUCAAUGGUACUCGGCGAGAAUGGUCUUGUUGUCGACCCGAGCACAGACGGUGAUUGGUCAUAUGACCCCAACGAACCGCGAUACUGUUUCUGCAACCAAGUAUCUUAUGGUGAUAUGGUCGCUUGUGAUAACGAAGCCUGUCCGUUUGAAUGGUUCCAUUAUCCAUGUGUUGGCAUUUCGCAGCCGCCCAAAGGUAAAUGGUACUGCUCAAAAUGUACGGCAUCGAUGAAAAGAAGAGGAAUACGUAAAUAAGUAUGUUCAGUGCACAUGGAACAAACACGUUCCACGCUGCAUAGGUUUUAAGCAACUAGCUCUUAGUCUCCUAGCUUUUACUUUAUGUUUAAGAAAGUAAAUUUCAUGGAAUUUCUCAUAAUUUAGAUUGCCAAUUUACAAAAAAAAAACAGUAGCAACAGAAAAUGAAUGUAUACAAUUGAGAAAGAUGAAUAAUGUGUUAGUCGACAUGAUGUCGUUGAAUGCCAUACACAAGUCUGAAUAUGAAGUUUGGUUGAUGCAAUAAUUGGCUGAUUAUUGCUUUCAAUCCAGCUACACAAAUAGAAUACUUAGGAACAAAAUCUAAUUGAAAAAAACAAAAACUUUUUGCGACUCACAUCAUUUUCAAAUCUUUUCAAUUCGAGAAUCGGUAAGGAAAUGUUAAAUGCAUUUAGGGUUGUCUUAACGAGAAAAAAAUGUAACUUGGAAACCCCUACGCUCCAAAAAAAAAACAAAUUGUACAAAAACCCCACUCACUCGGAAAAGAAAAAAAAAUACAAAUCCUUAAAAACAAAA